AUGGAUUCUUCUCCAGGCGUUAAGGAGCCAGUUUCACAUCUGCUUUAUACUGUGUUGUAUGCAGGUUACGUCCUCGGAUUUUAUACACUCUCGCUGAUCAUCUAUCGUGUGCGAUUCCAUCCGUUGGCGAAAUACCCCGGGCCGUUCCUGGCCAAAGUUACGUCUUGGUAUGAUUUCUACUUCCUUGUCAAAGGCGACCGUCAUAUCGAAAUUUGGCGACAGCACGAAAUCUAUGGGCCAGUCGUACGCUACAGACCAAAUUCACUUUCGUUCAGCACACCGCGUGCCUUGCAGGAUAUAUACGGACCUCGCAAAUCAAAUCUGAUCAAAUCUGACUGGUAUAAGUUUAGCCACGCCGCAACAAAUGGCCAGCCCAACACCCACAGCAUUGUAGAUCGAGAAGGGCAUGCGGUCAAACGCCGCAUGCUAUCGCACGCCUUCUCCGACAGUGCGCUACGAUCAAUGGAGGAAAACAUUCUGUAUAAUGUGCGGAGAUGGUGUUCCUUGACAGCAGGCCUGAAAGAUAAGAACGAUGUCGACGGGUGGACGAAGCCCAGGAACAUGGCCGCCUGGGCAAACUACUUGAUCUUUGACAUCAUCACUCUACUCGCUUUUGGCAGGUCCUUCGAUUUGGUUCCGCGAGAAGAGAAUAGGUACGUGCUGCAUCUGAUGAAUCAAAUGAUGGGAUUUGUCUACACCGCUGGUUAUGCGCCCUUUUCAGCGCUAGCUCGACGCAUUAUUGCGAUCCAAUGGCUGAGCAGGCUUAUCGGAGGCCAAACGGUUCGUGAUCAACAAAGGAUGGUGGCUUUUGCACAAGAAGCAAUCAAUCAGCGACUCAGGGAACACAAGAAUCAGCAGAGCCCACUCGACAACGGUCCGGCUCAGAAAGAUAUCGUCUAUUACCUUUUGCGAGCCAAAGACCUGCAAACGGGGACUUCCUUUUCCGAAACCGAGCUGAGUUCUGAAAGUGUGCUUCUGCUUCUCGCUGGUGGCGAUACCACGGCAAGCGCUCUCUCAGGCUGUAUUUUCUAUCUUCUGCAUAACCCACGCACUCUCCGCCGGCUAAUUGACGAGGUGCGGUCGCAAUUCGGCGAUGCCGAAGAGAUACACCCCUCGAAUCCGGCCCUCGGUUCCUUGCCAUAUCUUCGAGCGUGCAUCGACGAGACACUGAGGAUGUCGCCGCCGACGUUGGGGCCACUCACCCGCAAGGUCUUGGAUGGCGGCGCCAUGAUCGACGGCGAGAUUUACCCUGCAGGGACAGAAGUGGCGGUGACUACUUACGUUCUUCAACACCGUGAAGAAAACUUCCCAGACCGCUUCUGCUUCCGCCCGGAGCGAUGGAUCGUGGACGAAAAGACGGGUGUUUCGCAAGACGACGUCCAGGCCGCACAGGAGGCUUUUGCGCCGUUCAGCAUCGGUAGCAGGAACUGUAUUGGGAAGAACCUGGCCUACAUGGAAUUGAAUACGGCAAUUGCAAGGCUGUUGUGGCAAUAUGAUGUAAAAAUCGUUGAGGCUGAGCCAACCGCAGAGGGAAGAGGAGAUGGAGUUUGGGGGAGGAGAAGAAAGGGGGAAUACCAAAUGUCUGACUUCUUUAUUGCCGAAAGAGAUGGUCCUGUUGUCGCCUUCAAGCCGCGUUAG